AUGCUGCACUCUGUUGCCAUGACAGCAGAAGUCCUCUUUCUUCUGGGGGUUCUGAUUAGCGGUGCUCAGUGCAACCCUAUAGCGACCUUGCCAGCCAGCCGAGAGCGUCUGGAAAGAGUGUUGACCCAAGCCAGGGAGGACAAACAUCAGGACGAGCAGGCCCCCGAGGAGCCCCUGGGAUACGACGCUCAAAGCGAUGCUUUGGGCCCCAACAGGACAAACCUCAGCUCCCAGACACAAGGAUCUAAGGGCGGAAAGCCCCAGGAGCUGUGGACAGAACAGGACAGCCUGAACCAAAUAGACGAGGGCCCCACAAGUGACGUCACCCUCUCCCUGGACUCCAUCGACGAGUACGCCUACCCAGACUAUAGGGGGAAAGGCUGCAUGGAUGAGAGCGGCUUUGUGUUCGCCAUCGGCGAGCAGUUCACCCCGGGCCCUUCGACGUGCCCGUGCCUCUGCACAGACGAGGGCCCUCUGUGCACCAAGCCAGAAUGUCCCAAGCUUCACCCUCGCUGCGUUAGAGUGGACACCAGCCAAUGCUGCCCGAUCUGCAAGGAGAAAAAGAACUACUGCGAAUUCCGGGGCAAAAUCUACGCCUCGCUGGAAGAGUUUAAGGUGUCUCCAUGUGAGAAGUGCCGUUGUGAGCCGAGCGGGGAGGUGCUGUGCUCUGUGGCGGCCUGCCCCCAGACGGAGUGCGUGGACCCGGAGUACGAGCCGGACCAGUGCUGUCCCAUCUGCAAGACGGGGCCAAAUUGCUACGCGGACACAACAGUGAUCCCGGCCGGCCGAGAGGUGAAGAUUGACGAGUGUACGAUCUGCUACUGCACAUACGAGGAGGGCACGUGGCAGAUCGAGCGCCAGGCCACCUGCAGUAAGAACGAGUGCCAGCGGAGCUAA